AUGUUGUCUGCACAGGGAAAGGCAGAAGCUGAGAGAGAGAAAAUUGUGGCUCAAUUUAAGCAGCUGCACCAGUUUCUGGAGGAAGAAGAGCGACUCUGGCUGGGAGAGCUGGAGAAGGAGAUUGUGAAGCUGCAGGAUGAAAAUAUCACCAAACUCUCCGCGGAGAUUUCCCGUCUCAGUGAGCUGAUCAGCGAGAUGGAGGGGAAGUGCCAGCAGCCAGCGAGUGAAUUCCUGCAGGACGUCAGAAGCACCUUGGGCAGGUACAUGGCUCCAUCUCACUCUCAGGGACGCUGUAAAAACAUUGUACUAAAGGAGACUCUGAAGAAAUUCCAAGAAGCUCUGGUGUUUGAACUGCAGACAGCAAUGAAUGUGACUCUGGAUCCAGACACGGCUCAUCCCCAACUCAUCCUGUCUGAAGAUCGGAAACAUGUGAGACGGGGAAACACACCACAGCGACUGCCCAACAACCCUGAGAGAUUUGACACUGCGUGCUGUGUGCUGACCUGUGAGGGAUUCACCUCAGGGAGACAUUGCUGGGAGGUGGAGAUGGGGGGUGGGCGAUGCUGGGCUGUAGGAGUGGCCAGAGAGUCUGUGAAUAGGAAGCGGGGGUUGAGUUUUAACCCUAAGGAGGGGAUCUGGGCUGUGCAGUGGCUGCAUGGGGAUCAAUAUCAGGCUCGCACCUCCCCUGAGACCACAGUGUCACUGGGCCGGGUCCCCAGCAGGAUCCGGGUUUGUCUGGACUGUGACGAGGGGCAGAUGGCGUUUUUCAGUGUUGAAAACAAGGCCCCGAUCUUCACUUUCCCACCAGCGUCUUUCAAUGGGGAGAGAAUCCGCCCUUGGUUCUGUUUUUGGGACAGUGAAACCCAGUUGAGACUCUGUUCCUGAUGCACAAGGUUAUCUAUCCCCCUGCAGGCCAUGAAAUGGGCUUCUCUAGACUCUGGCACCCUCAUUUCUACAACCAGGGAAUCUAAAGUGGACUGGUGACCUGUUCUCCCACCUCCAAAAAAACAACCAACCAAAACCACCCAGCCCUCAGGGACACUGACCAGCCUGUUUGUCACUGUUCUCUAUGAUCCCGGAGGACUCUAGCAUUCUGCCUGGUCAGAGAGCAAGAGGAGGAGUCCUGGGUGAGGGAGGACAGUACAGGUGGCAAAUCUUUGGGGCACGGGAGGGACAGGAGAAAAUGGCUAAUCUUCACUUUUGAUGAGUGUUUUCUAGAAUUUAAUAAAGUUAUUUUUAUAUCAAGCCCAUGGAGGUUGUGUUUUAUGGUUCCCACGCUCAUUGGCUGGUGCUGGCGUUUUUGUUUUUUCACCAAGUGGAUUCCGUAUCUUCACAGCUGUAAAGAUGCUGAAAUGUUUGUGUCUCUCAAUGAUUUCUCCUGUCUCCUGCUGGAUAAAAUAUAGCACUAAACCCAGGAGCCCUCAGAACUAUUUGAUUCACCAGUGUGGGGUUUGUUUGC